UGGCUUUUAUUUAGCGAUGGAACCGUGACCCCUUUAGAUAUCUACGACCCCAAGGAUUUCUCCUUGGUGGUCACCUCGCUGGAUGAAAUGGUGGUGUCUGUCCAUCAAAGGCAGGAAGAUGACUGGCCAGUAGUGGUGGCCGAAGGUGAAGGCCAAGGACCGUUGAUUAAAAUAGAACUGGUGAUCAGCGAGACCUGCCAGAAGUCCAAGCGCAAGAGUAAUUUGGCCGUUGGGAAAGGGAACGUCAAGGUGAAAUUUGCUCCAAAGACAUCUGAACGCAAUGAAGAGACCAAGAAUGGCAAAGAUGCAGAGGGUGGUUUUAAAAGCAACUCGUUAGAAAAUCCCCUGGAAGGAGAGAGAGCAGGGCAGGACUGGUCCAAACACGAUGCUUCCAUGAAUCAGGAUGAGUUGACCAACUCAAACGCAAGCUCUCCCAUUAAUUCUCACAGAGAGGAACACCUUCGAAACAAUUCUCUUACCUCUACGAGCUUUCCCACCCAAGAGGCUGUCCCAAGGCAGAAUAGCCCCAGUGAUCUCACUCUGGCUUCCAGAGGUUUAACCGAUCUGGAGAUUGGGAUGUAUGCUCUUCUCUGUGUCUUCUGCUUAGCCAUUCUGGUCUUCUUAAUCAACUGUGUGGCAUUUGCCUGGAAGUACCGUCACAAAAGAUUUACCAUCAGUGAGCAAGGGAACCUCCCCCAUUCCCACGACUGGGUGUGGCUGGGCAACGAGGUCGAGUUGUUGGAGAGUCCCGUGGACAUUUCUCUCCCAUCGGACGAAUGCACCACCAUCAUUGACCGCGGGAUACUUUUUGAAGAAAGCAACUUCCUCCUCAACGGAAGUUCUCAGAAGAGCUUCCACAACCAGAUCCUUCGGUCUUCUGAAUACGAUUGUGACAAGGACUUCAGAAACGAACCUAUAAACCCUCCCGGGCCCAAGCGGAAGAGGGUUAAAUUCACCUCCUACACCACCAUUCUGCCGGAGGAUGGUGGCCCCUACACCAACUCCAUUCUCUUUGAUGGUGAUGAUGACAUCAAAUGGGUCUGCCAAGAUAUGAACUUAGGUGAUUCCCAGGAAUUUAGAGACUAUAUGGAAAGACUUCAGGACCAUAUGUAA